AUGAGUAGGUUGCCGAUGAUACUAUCAAGGUCUAUUAGAUCAUCCAUAUCACAUAAUCAAAAACUACUACCAUCCCUUCAACAUAGAUUUAUUUCACAAUCAUCAAUACUUUAUAAUUCACCAUUUGGAAAAUUAACUACAGAUCCAAAUCAACAACAACCAUCACCACAACAACAAGAAUCAUCUCAAAUUCAAAGCACUCAAAAAAGACCAGAGAUAAUAAAAAAUGAAGAUGGAGAAAUAGAUAUAUCAUCAAUAACACCAGAAAAUGAUGAACAAUUAAUUGAAUAUCAUGCAACAGAAGAAAUAAAAAAUCAAAAAGAUUCAAUUGAAAAAUUAAUUCAUCCUUUAAAAAUUAAAUUAUAUAAUCAAGUCGUUCGAGACCAUGGAUUUUUCAAAAAUGAUUUAAUAAUAAAAGAUGAAGAAAGUAAAAAACUACUUAAAUUUCAUUUAACAAAUGAAGAAAUUUCAAUAUUAGAACCUUCAAUAUAUUUACAAUCAUUUAGAAUAAAAUUAUCAAUGAAAAAAGCUACAAUAGUAAAUAGAUUUGUUAGAAAAAUGGAUUUAAAAACUGCUAUAAAUCAAUUACAUUUUAAUUCUAAAAAAAUGUCAACAGAAUUAGAAAAAUUGUUAAAAACAGGAUUAGAAAAAGUUAGAAUGUUAGGAUAUAAUGAAAAUACCAUAUAUAUAGAUAAAUUAUGGGUUGGUAGUGAUGGAAAAUGGAAAAAAAGAUUAGAUAUAAAAGGAAGAGGUAGACAUGGUAUCAUACAUCAUCCUUAUAUUCAUUUAAAAUGUGUUUUAAAAACUGAAUUUACAACAAAAAGAUUACAAUGGGAAAAAUUACAAAAAUCUAAAUUAGAAAAACCAAAAAUGUAUUUAAAUAAUGAUCCUUUAAAUUUAAAAGUUAGACCUUGGUAUAAAUGGUAA